AAAUCCCAGAGAUCCAUUCAUUUUGUGGACUGGUGCCCGACCAGCUUCAAGGUGGGCAUCAGCUAACAACCCCCCACGGUGGUGCCCGAGGGAGACCUGGCGAAGGUGCAGUGGGCCGUCUGCAUGCUGAGCAACACCACGGCCAUCGUGGAGGCCUGGGCCCUCUUGAACCACAAGUUUGACCUGAUGUACGCCGCACGCCAUUGGUACAUUGGGAAGGGCAUGGAAGAGGGGGAGUUCUCCAAAGCCCGAGAGGACCUGGUUGCCCUGGAGAAGGAUUACGAAGAAGUGGGACAAGACUCUGGUAAUGGGUCUGAUGCAGAAGAUGACCAAGAAUACCGAGUGUCCCAGUGUUCACUUUGCACUGCUGUCUGGCGCGAAAUGCCCUGUUCUGCUUCUUUUCCCUCCUCCCUCACAAAGCAUAACAAAAUAAAAUGUGCCACGAACAAAUCUUUGAUGUCAUGGUCCGUCUUCAGUUGCAUUUAG